AUGCGUACGGAGCUGCUGUUUUUAUUUGUAAUCGGAGUAGUUUUCUCCCAUUCAAGCAAGUUGAAUUGCAUCAAGCGGGUGAGUCUUCAGAAACCGAAAAAAAAAGUGACAAAAUUCUUUCAGGGCCAAGAAUCUGUGAAUGAAGCGAACGUCGACUCUACAGAGGCCAAAUCCCUUCCAGUCAGAGUAAAACUUCCGCGAAAACUAAAGAUCGGAGAAUCUGUGCGACUUCUCUUCCAAGUUCCCUUCGCUGAAAGGUUUUUUUGCCGCGUUCCCAGAGAAUCUCUGAUUUUGGAACAGAAGUGCAGGCAAUAACGUUGUUCAAUCAGACAGACUCCGUUGUGACUGUGGAACGAGAAGAAAAAAGAGAGAAACGUCCAAAAAACCAGAGCUAACGACUCAUCACACGACGUUUUUGUUAAAGUUGAAAUGCUGUAAUGAGAUGGAUUCUUCAGAAGAAACUGGAUGAAGAAAGGAGGUCUGAUUCUGGUCGGAAAAAGAGAAACGAAGCCUUGCCUCUGCCAGAACUGGUAUGGCUAGUAUAAAUGAAUAUCAUAACGAAAAAAAUUCGAGUUAUAAAAUCCUAACUGCAUAUAGAAAAAUGGCUUCGCUUAAAAUAUUUUUGAUUGAAGGGACAAUAAGAUAAAAAUUCCUACAAACGUCUCUGCAUUGAUUUUAAUAUUAAAAAAAGCGAAUUCUAGGCCAAAAAUCGCGUUCAACUUUGUAAACAGAAAGAACCGAGCAGUACUCGGUCUGAUGAUUGAUUCCCAAGACGGAAAUUUGACCUUGAACGUGAGCUUAACCUUUUUGACUUCAUUUACUUUCCGACUAAACCAUUUCAGACACAAACAAAACGUUAUUCCGCGGAUCUUUCGAGCAAGCCGCAAGAUAUCGUCGAGAUCCUAGUCAAGUAAAUUAUUGAAAAAAUAACUUGAAGGCUCUAAUUUCAUAAAAAACAUUUUUUUUCUAAGUUUCAUGAAAUCACACUGUCAUCUAAAAUACUUUUCUGAAACCUUGAAUUUCAAAGUCUUUGACUAUGUCACCAUAGGCAAAGUCGGAAGGACCCUCCGAGGGUCCAUAAAGGACCAUAGAAAUGUUCCUUUUAGGGUGACGAAGGCUCUCUUUUUGCUGCCUUUUUGCUCCAUUUUCUCAGCCCUUAUGCACCAUUUUUGCUGCCUCUCCCUUUCUCCACCAUUUCUCGAGCCUUUAAAAUCCCAGAAAAAUGGAAGGCUCGAUAAAGGGAGUCUUUUUGCUCCAUUUCGCUGUCUUUUUGCUGCCUUUCGCUGCCUUUUUGCUGCCUUUCUGCGGCCUUUUUCGAGCCUCUCCCUUUUAGCGGCCAUUAUCCACCAUUCCGACUUUGCCCGAGACUACAGUUUUUUUUUUUCAAAAUUCUAAAAAUCUUCUCCUAUGAACCGACCUCUCAGAAUCGAAAAGGAAGAUUUCGUUGUGACGAAAAAUGACAAAGAGUUGGGGAGAAUGAAGCACAACGGUCAGUUCGACGACAUUGUCAAGAUUUCCACUCUCGGACAUUUCGAAGUUUUCGCCGUCGACUGGUAAGCUCUCUCUCUCUCGAAUCAUUGAACCAAGGAAAGAUUUUUGAGAUUUUUUGAUACCAAAAUUGCGAUAAAAAGUAACUCAAUUUUUGUCCUUCAGUCUAAUAUUUUCAAGGUACUGCGAGCGGUGA